CCACCGCGUAAACCUCUCUAUAUCUCUCUCUCUCUCUCUCUCUUCCCCAGUGAAACCCUAACCCUAACCCUAACUCUAAGCGCAAUCCCCAAUUCCUGCUCCUCGCUUGUUGUAGCGUCGCGCGUUCGGGGUCGAUUGGCGUAUUGGUGAAGAAGCCCGAAUUUGGGGAUGAAUGCGGGUUCUAUAGCGAAGGAGGAGAUUUUCAGGUAAUUUGGGUGGUUCUUGCGUUUGAUGGUGGUGGUUCCAGCGGCGAUUUUGGCGCCGAGUUGCGGAAUCUAUGUCUCCGAUCACCGCCGAUGCCGAUGAUGCUGCCCAUCAUCGGAUUUGGGCCGGCGCCGCCGCAGGGUCGAAUUUCCUGGGUUUCCCCUCUGAUUUGCCCUUGUAGGUUAUCAUAUGGAGGUGAUCGUGUAUAUACUAUAUUUAAUAGUGGUAGGAGUAGGAAUCCCCCUUUCGGAUUGUCGCCACGUAGAAAGCGUAGGAAAAGGUGGCGCCUUGGGGCUUGUAUGGUGUCGGCGGAGAGCGGGAACCCUAACCUGAACAUUGAGCUCUUGGAUUCUGCUAAGAAAAGCUCAAAGGCGCAGAAGAUAUUGGUCUCGAAGCGGUUGUCGGAUGAUCUUCGUUACGAGGAGGCGGCUAAUGAGCAAUUGCAGUUGGAUUCCAAGUUCACUAACUACCAAGAAGAUCCCUUGGUGGAUAAACUGAGGUCGCAGCUCGGCGUGAUUCACCCGAUCCCCUCGCCCCCCAUCAAUCGGAACAUUAUGGGGUUUUUUGUGCUCUUUUUCUUCGUCGGGGUCGCGUUCGACAAGCUUUGGACGAUGAGGAAGAAGAAUAAGGCGGAGCGCGAGCUUCAGAAUGGUACAUGGCCUCAGGUGCCGACGAGCUUCUCUUUGUUUCUGGAGAGAGAUUUGCAGAGGAAAGAGUCUGUCGAAUGGGUCAACAUGGUGUUGGGGAAGCUGUGGAAGGUCUACAGGUCCGGAAUUGAGAACUGGAUUAGUGGGCUGCUUCAGCCGGUGAUAGACGACCUUAAGAAGCCCGACUACGUGAAUAGAGUGGAAAUUAAGCAGUUCUCUCUUGGGGAUGAUCCGCUCUCUGUUAGAAACGUUGAGCGUAGGACGUCUCGUCGCGUUAAUGACUUGCAGUACCAGAUAGGCCUUCGCUAUACUGGCGGCGCUCGAAUGUUGCUAUCCCUGUCUUUGAAGUUUGGGAUUAUCCCAAUUAUUAUACCUGUAUGGGUACGUAAUUUUGAUAUUGAUGGGGAGCUUUGGGUUAAGUUACGACUAAUACCAUCGGAGCCUUGGGUUGGAGCUGUCUCUUGGGCUUUCGUAUCCCUUCCAAAGGUGAAGUUCGAGCUGUCGCCAUUCCGUCUAUUCAACCUAAUGGCAAUUCCUGUUCUUUCAAUGUUCCUCACAAAACUUCUAACCGAAGAUUUGCCGCGUCUUUUUGUGCGGCCCAAAAAAAUUGUCCUUGAUUUUCAAAAGGGAAAAGCCCUGGGUCCUGUUGCGGAAGAUUUCAAAGCUGAUGUUGUGCAGGAAGGAAAUAAGGAUUUUGUGGGAGAAUUAUCAGUGACUGUAGUUGAUGCCCGGAAACUUGCCUAUGCCAUUUUUGGGAAGACUGAUCCAUAUGUUGUUCUUAGUCUUGGUGAUCAAGAAUUUCGAAGUAAGAGAAAUAGUCAAACAACAGUUAUUGGGCCACCUGGAGAACCAAUAUGGAACCAAGAUUUUCAUCUUCUUGUGGCAAACCCUCGAAAGCAAAAGUUAUGCGUUCGAGUAAAUGACUCUUUUGGUUUCGCUGAUUUUGCUAUAGGCACAGCAGAGGUUGAGUUAGGAUCCCUUAAAGAUACUGUACCGACAGAUAGAAUUGUAACUAUGCAAGGAGGUUGGGGCUUCUUUAGGAAUAAAAAUGCUGGUGAAGUAUUACUCCGCCUUACAUACAAAGCAUACGUUGAGGACGAAGAAGAUGAUGGGGUUGAAAAGGAAUUCAUCGAGAGUGAUGCAUCUGACGACGACAUAUUAGACUACGUACAACAGGAUGAACCAUUCAGGGAAAGUCUAAGUGAUUACUUCAGUGGAAAAGAAAGAGAAACUUUUAUGGAUAUGCUGGCGGCGUUGCUUGUAAGCGAGGAAUUCCAAGGCAUAGUUGCAUCUGAAACAGGAAAUUCGAGAGAUUCUGAGUCCAAUAGUAGCGAACCAUUGGUAUCAAAAGUAGCAAAUAAGGAGAAUGUUUCAGGUGGUCGCAAAGAAUCUGUGUUAGUGUGGCUGGCGGCCAUAGCAAGUGUAGCAGUGCUUAUUUCGUUAAAUUUUGGUGGUUCAAGUAUUUUCAAUCCAUAGUAUAUAAUCGACGAUAUACCAGGAGCUAAGCCGACAUCUCGCUUGAAUCAAGCCUACGAAUCGAUCAUUUUCAAUUCAAAUCCAACUUAUGAUGUAAAUUCAUCUCUAUUUCUUCUGAUGUAAAUUCAAGUUCAUAUCAGCAGAGGAACGGCGUAAUGCGGCUUUCCUUUUCUCUUUUGUCUGGAAUGCUUCAACUAAUCAAAAUCUACAGGUAAUGAAAAUUCAUUUUGCGGUAAUUUUAUGAGCCCAAUAAUAUUUCAUGUGUUCUAAUGUAGUUCACUUUUGAGAGAAACUUUUGGUGGAUUCUACUUGGUGAUUAUUUUUCGCCUUUGAUUUUCAUGUUUCAUAAUAAUGUAAGCAUUUGCUUUUGAUGCUCUUUUUGUUCUAUUGGAGAGAACCAUAAAAGUUGUACUAAAAAAAAAUUAAAUUCUAAGUAGCUACACCUAUAAGAUGAGGUGGCAAUUACUCAGUGGA